AUGUCAGUCGCUCAGGUGUCGGUCGCUCAAGUGCCGGUCGCUCGAAUGUCGGUGGUUCAAAUGUCGGGGCGCUCAAGUGUCGGCGCUCAAAUGUCGGCGCUCAAAUGUCGGCGCUCAAAUGUCGGCGCUCAAAUGUCGGGCGCUCAAACGUCGGUUAAUCAUACUACCGAUUCAUUUGUAUUCAAAUUAGUCAAUAAACCAUUACGAUCUGACAAUAUACUUACAAUAUUCAAUUUUCAGAUUGGUGUAGCCAAUGUGGAACCUGUUCUAUUCGAAAUACAUCUUGAUAUGUCACCUACAUCAAGACCGAUCGCUGAUAUUAGCCAUAUUAGUAACAUGGAUGAAGAAGAAAUAUUAAUAUCGAUGAGUGCUGUAUUUCGAAUUCAGAACAUAAUAUUCGAUAAAACGCACGCAAUUUUUCUUGUCUCAACAUUUUUACCAUUACUCCCAUUUUUCUGCGUGUUUUUGCCAUAUGUUCAGAAACAUCCAAGACGUGUGCAAUUACGUCAGUGCUAUGAGAUAAUGGACACAAAUAUAUUAAAACCCGAUACUGUUAGCGGUAAAUUUAGUAAACGACGAACAACAAGUUUCACACAAACAAUACAAAUUGCAUUACAUGAUGAUCAUCGAUUCAAUCACGGUGAAUUUGUACAAUGUAUCAAAUGGGUGAUAUUACUGUUAUUUAGUCUUCUCACACAUUUCUCUCAAGGAAAAGCAUUGAAUGACGUUAAGUAUAAAUUAAAAGUCUUUAGCUAA